GAUUGGUGCGGGACUGACUCCCCCGUAUUCGGACAACGCAAACACUUUAAGGAUUUAUUCUCUGUCCCUCAAGUUCAAUUUCGCUCAGUUCCGUUUCGGUGCUUUACCGGUGUGGUGGUGGACAAUGUUUCGGAAACUUGACUGACCUACUACUGACUACCGGUGGCGUGAACAACGAGGAGAACUCGGUCAGUGGCGCACGUUUUUUCGGUUACUGUCACCAACCAUUAGCGGAAGUAACGGUGAAAUAGAGACCUUUUAGGAGGAGUAAUUUAUGGUGCGCACGCUGCGGGCGGAGUGAGAAUCGUCAGCUAACUUAACGACCCACACGUGUCCUGUUUGCGGAGAUUUGUGUGAUAUUUGCUGAUUCCAGUUGAUUGUGCGGAUGAUUUAUGGAACACCAGGACUGAGGUUAUGAAGAACGCCAAGAAGUAUGUCAUUGCCGCAUCGGCCCUACUUAUCAUUCUCGUCGGCUGUGGAGUUGCCGUGGGAAGGGCUCUGAACGGCUACGAUGAGUAUAUGUUUGACGAUACCCCCAAAACGAUGGAGGAGAUCCUCACGGAGAUACGCAGCCUCUUGCAGAGUCAUUCUCUGGCGGCUUAUAUUGUCCCCUCGGUUGAUGCUCACAACAGUGAAUACAUCUCCGGGCACGAUCGACGGCUUGAGUACGUGACAAAUUUCACCGGUUCCGCCGGCACCGCCAUCAUCACGCUGAACGCAGGCUUGCUGUGGACGGACUCACGCUAUCACUUGCAGGCGGAGAAACAGCUCGAUCCCGCCUACUGGACGCUUAUGAAGCAGGGUUCGGUGGGCGUGCCAUCGAUUGAUCGAUGGUUGCUGGAUAACCUUCCAGUCGAGUCUAAGGUGGCAACGGAUCCGUUCCUGAUCACCUCGACCGAGUUCGAACGGCUGUCCGGAGUUCUUUCUGCGGGAGGUAUUCGGUUGAUGAUACUCGAGCGGAAUCCCGUGGAUGCCAUUUGGAACAAUCGACCACCGCAGAGCAAUGGGUCGUUGAUUCCCUUGGAUAUAAAAUUCUCCGGGAAGCGAGCGUCCGAGAAGAUCGCCGAUCUUCGCAAGGAUCUGGAGACCCACAAAGCCGCGGCCAUUGUGAUCAACGCACUGGAUGAUGUUGCGUGGCUUCUUAACCUUCGCGGAUCGGAUAUUCUGCACACACCGGUCUUCUUUGCGUACGUUAUUGUAUCCAACGAGCAUAUAUAUUUGUUCACCAAUCCGGAUCGGAUAACCGAAACAAUCUUGGAACAUUUUCGAACUGAGGGGGUUCGGGUCCGCAUCCGCAACUACGAAGACAUCCUCGACGGCAUUGCGAAGCAAGUGCGGAGCGGUGGCCAUCUGAUCAUCUCCACGGCGUGCAGUUUUGCUAUUUACACCGAGAUUCCUGCUGAGCAGCGAAUUCAGGUCUACAGCAUCGUGGCCAACCGAAAGGCCGUGAAGAACGCUGUGGAAGCGGAAGGUAUGCGAAGGACUCACAUUCGGGAUGGCGCUGCCAUCAUCCGGUAUCUCCACUGGCUCGAGGAGAAUGUUGACUCGGGGAACGUGACCGAGCUGUCCGGAGCGGCAAAGCUGGCCGAGUUUCGCAGUGUUCAGGAGAACUUCGUAGACUUGAGCUUUACGGCGAUCAGUGCGUUUGGUUCGAAUGGGGCUAUCGUGCACUACAGUCCCACCGAAGAAACGGAUACGCUGAUCACCCGGGAUAGCGUAUAUCUGAUCGAUUCCGGUGGGCAGUACUUCGAUGGAACUACGGAUACCACAAGAUCCGUGCAUAUGGGUGAGCCAACGGACUUCCAGAAGGAGGCUUUCACCCGAGUUUUGAAAGGUUUCCUCAGUUUUGGGGCUGCUGUUUUCCCCAACAAAACUUCGGGUGCCUUCUUCGACGCCAUGGCCCGUCGUGCACUGUGGGAUGUUGGUUUGGACUAUGGCCACGGGACGGGUCACGGCGUGGGAUCCUUCCUUGGGGUUCACGAGUAUCCACCCUCGAUUGGGUCAACCAGCGUCAGUCAAGGUUUGGUGGAAAAUAUGUUCACUUCCAAUGAACCCGGUUACUACGAAGCCGAGAAGUUCGGUAUUCGGCUGGAGGACGUCGUUCAGGUAGUACAAGCCGACGUUCCUCAUGAUUUUGGGGGGCGGGGGGCACUUACGUUCUACACCAACACGCUCGUUCCGCUGCAGACGAAAUUGAUGGAUUUGGGGCUGAUGAGUGAACCGGAGGUUGAGCUCGUCAACAGGUACCACGAGAGGGUGCUGAAGGAAGUCGGACCGCUACUGCUGGAACAGGAUGCGAACGAUGCGUAUAUUUGGCUGGUCAAACAAACACAAGCUAUUGUUAAAAUUUAACGGUAGUAAAGCUUUUAGGGUGGUGUGAAAGGUUA